UUGCAGGAAGUCCCUUCACAUCCUGUAUCCUGCAUCUGAGAGCUGAGAGUUUAUUAAUGCUGCUCUCUCUCUCUCCAUCUCUCCGGUAAACAUGAUGCACCGGCGGCGCGCGGACAACUGCACGCUCAGAGCGGCGCUUCUGCACGCGCUCGUGCUGCUGAGCGUUCCUCUCGCCGCUCACUUACCUGAUGUCAUGAAGCUGGAACAGUAUGAGACUACGGUACCAUUGCUGCUGGAUGGAGAAAAGCAACACUCAAUCAGCUGGCUUCGCUCUAGGAGUCCUCCAGCUUUACUGCAGAUAAUGAUAGAAGCAGAAGGCCAGCAGUUGAUCCUUUCACUGAAGAAGAAUGAGGGUCUCUUUAGCAGUAAUUACAGUGAAACGCACUACAGAGACGAUGGACAGACCGUCACUCACAGCUCCAUGGUGAACUGCUAUUACCACGGCGAAGUUGAAGGACGCACCAAUUCAGAUGUCAGCCUCAGCACUUGCUCCGGUCUUAGGGGAUUCAUCUUGCUUACAGAUAAGAUGUUCAUGCUGGAGCCUGCUUUUGAGCCAGAGAACGUUACACAUGUGGUUUACAGAGGAGAACAUUUACACUUCCCGUCUGGAACCUGUGGACAUGGACACAACCUGUCCACCAUCAACCAAGGGAAUGUCCACGAAGUGUUACAAUCCUUCAACUCCAGACAUAAAAGAGAUGCACAGAAGACCAUGAAAUAUGUGGAGCUCAUUAUUGUGGCAGACAACAGGGAGUAUCAUAAACAUGGAAAAGAUGUAGAGAAGGUGAAGCAAAGGAUGGCCGAGAUUGCCAAUUAUGUGGACAAGUUUUACAGGGUUCUAAAUAUCAGGGUAGCUCUGGUGGGGCUAGAGGUUUGGAGUGACUCUGACAAAUGUUCUGUGACGCAAGACCCGUUUACUACACUGCACGAGUUUCUAGACUGGAGAAAACUCAAACUGCUACCUUCCAGACCUCACGACAAUGCUCAGCUUAUCAGCGGAGUGUAUUUUCAGGGUACUACCAUUGGCAUGGCGCCCAUCAUGAGCAUGUGCACUGCAGAGCAGUCUGGAGGAAUCGUCAUGGAUCAUUCAGACAAUCCACUAGGAGCGGCCGUGACAUUAGCGCAUGAAUUAGGCCACAACUUUGGAAUGAACCACGACACACCAGAGCGAGGCUGUGGCUGUGGGAUGACCGUAGAGCGUGGAGGCUGUAUCAUGACACCAUCCACAGGGUAUCCGUUCCCCACUGUGUUCAGCACAUGCAGCAAGAAGGAUCUCGCAGCCAGUCUGGAUAAAGGAGUGGGUAUGUGUCUCUACAACAUUCCAGAGGUCAAAGUGUUAUACGGGGGACAGCAAUGUGGCAACGGCUAUGUGGAGGAAGGAGAAGAGUGUGACUGCGGAGAUCCAGAGGAGUGUGUGAACCCUUGCUGCAACGCAACCACCUGUACUCUCAAAGAAAAUGCUGUAUGCGCCCACGGACAGUGCUGUGAGGAUUGCAAGUUGAAGCUUGCUGGAACACCAUGCAGAGAGUCAAGCAACUCAUGCGACCUGCCAGAGUUCUGUACUGGUUUGAGUCCUCACUGUCCAGCCAACGUCUACCUGCAUGAUGGACAUGCGUGCCAUGCUGUUGACGGCUACUGUUACAACGGCAUCUGCCAAACCCAUGAACAGCAGUGCAUCACCCUCUGGGGUCCAGGAGCCAAACCUGCUCCUGGUAUCUGCUUUGAAAGGGUAAACUCAGCUGGAGAUCCCUAUGGCAACUGUGGCAAAGAUUCCAAAGGCUCCUUCGCCAAAUGUGAAGCACGGGAUGCUAAGUGUGGCAAAAUCCAGUGCCAGGGCGGUGCCAAUCGACCUGUAAUUGGAACCAAUGCUGUUUCCAUAGAGACCAACAUUCCCCUACAUGAGGGGGGCCGAAUCCUGUGUCGGGGGACACACGUAUACCUCGGGGACGACAUGCCCGACCCAGGACUUGUGCUAACUGGCACUAAGUGUGCUGAGGGCAUGAUGUGUUUGAACAGACAGUGUCAGAAUGUCAGUGUGUUUGGAGUCCACAAGUGUUCAGGGAAAUGCCAUGGCAAAGGGGUCUGUAAUAAUAAGAAAAACUGCCACUGUGAAGCUCAUUGGGCGCCACCAUUCUGCGAGAGGGCAGGGUUCGGUGGCAGUGUGGACAGCGGACCAAUGAGAUUGGCAGCUGAUAGUCGGGCCAUCACCACAGGCAUCCUGGUCACUGUCUUCUGCCUGUUUGCGGCUGGCUUGCUCAUCUGCUUGAAGAGGAAGACUCUGCUCCAGCUGCUCUUUACUAAUAAGAAGAGCACGAUUCAGAAGCUCAGAUCGGUGGGAUGGAGGAGAACACCCAGUCCGUCACACCCACAGCCUGCGCAUAGAGACUCUCCCCAACACAAAUCCCCAUCCAGAACUGCUAGCUGUAGGUUAGAUAAGCCCUGUCAUCUCAGUGCUGAACCUCUUCUGCCUCCUCCUACGUUCCACCCUCACAGUCUGCGACGGUUUCCUCACUGCCCUGCUCAGUGCCAACCGCUCCACAUCAGUCACCCCAUUCCCAUCACACUUGGUCUGAGUGUAGCUGCUGGGUUACAGGCUCCACCCCCAGUUCCUCCACACAGGCCUCUGCCCAGACACCCUCAGUCUCCUGUGAGAGCACCUGCUUUCUUUACUCAGCCACAACAGCCAGUCUUCAUGGCCAAGCAGGACCAUGAGAAGCCCAGUCCUCCCCAAAAGCCACUGCCUGCAGACCCCCCGGUUAGAGGUUACAGAUUGACACGGAGCACAUCAGCAGUUGGAGUGCACACAUCAGGUUCUCUUUCCAUUCCAAUCCCAACUGCAUCACGGCCACCACCCACUAUACCACAGCCAGCAAGGCCAGCACCAAGGCUACCACCGCCCUUAUAUGACCGCUGACAAGAACUUCUGAUAAAAUCAAGGACCACCAGGGAACUGACACUUUUAUUUGCACUAAGAAAACUCUGUUGGACCCACUGCACAUCCCUGUGGAACUCCUUAGAGUAUCUUUGAGAAAACAGGGAGCUGUGCUAUCUUCUUGGUGCUGCGCCUCACACAAGGUGCUCAUCAUUGUCACUCAGGUACUGUAGAAAUGAGAUGUAUAUUUAUUGUCAAGGGGAACACGAUGCACUGUGGUGAAACACUUUUAUAUGGUGGUUAUUAUUGUGAACUUUUUACUACCAUGUUUGUGCUUGUCAAUGAUUCCGAACAAAGAGACUGUUUGCUUUUUAAUCAAGUCUCUAGUAGGGCAAAAACCUGUGAUGUUCCUGUAAAUAAUGAGUGUUGUAAAAGUACUAGACCCGUGAACACUCUUUGUGGUAAACAAACUGGAUUGUGAACACAACAUACUUGCAGUUUGAAGGUGCUUCGUUUUGCAGAAAUGUAUUUAUCUUGAGGCAUACAGUAUUUUAGUGAAAACAUCAUACAAGAAAAAAUUGGAGAGACCGUAAAGUUAAUGUAUCAACAAAGCUGCAUUGUAUUUAAAUGCCUUGAUGUUAUACUGUAGAUCCAUUUUAAAGAAGGAACAUACAAAAACAGAAAGCCCUGCAUUAUCUUGCUCAGUUUUGUUUUUAGCAGUUGAGCUGGCUAAUGCAGACUGGAUGCUGUAGUACUUCUGUUAAUUUACAUGUCACUAAAACGUUAUUUAAAAUGUAAGUGCGUCAUCAAGUAAAAAUUUUAUAUCCUAUUUGAUAAAACUAUAAUGAAUCAAGUGAACUAGCACCUGUCACAGCUACUGUCUUUUGUUUUAAUUACGAGGUGGUUUAUGUUUGCCAUUUACCAUGAUAUUUCCUAAUUCUUACUGGUAUUUUUAGUACUGUUAAUACUGUUUAUAUUGAUGAUAGACUCAGUGCUGUAUCGAAAAAUGCAUUUACUUUUUCGUCACAUUUCCACAAAAAAAAAAAACAGUUGUGUGUGAUUGUUUUCUGUAUAAGAGUCCAUGGUACACUUUUGUCAGCCUGUAGAUUGCAUAAAAGAAGCCAAGUCUUUACCAUUGAGGUAGUUCAGUUUCACUCAUGUCAUUGUUUUAAAGAUCACAAGAAAAUCUGUGUUGAAGAUGUAAAAUUACAAGUGAACUUGAAUUGUAACUGUGUCUGGGGUUAUUCAAAGAUUGAAAAAUAAA